CAAGAGUGCCAUUUCAAAGCUUAUUGGAUGAAAGUCUCAUUUGCCCUCGGCUGCCAAAGAUGACGUUGCUAUGGAAACAGUUUCUGCUGUUAUCAAUCAUUGACUGUCUGGCAGAUUGUCUAGACAGUGGAUCAUAUCACGGUCCAAGAUGGAGGAUGGAGCCGGGUGACUUGUUCAUUCCCGUCGACUCCAUAGAAGAAGAGGCCACUCUGACUUGUGAUGCUAAGGGAACGCCUCCUCCCCUGUACAGAUGGUCACUGAAUGGGACCCUCAUAAAUCUGGGCCAGGAUCCCCGGCGGCGACUGUCUGGGGGCAACCUCAUUAUAAGCAGCUUGGACCGCCAGCAGGAUGUGGGGGUGUUCCAAUGCAUGGCCUACAACACUGUAGGAGCCAUCCUCAGCCGGAGGGCCAGUCUGCAGUUUGCCUACUUAGAUCAUUUCAAAGUCCACACCAGAAGCGCGGUGUCAGUCCGAGAGGGACAAGGAGUGGUGCUACUUUGUGGAACGCCCACAUCCUCAGGAGACCUUUCUUAUGCAUGGAUCUUCAACGAGUACCCAUACUUUGUUCAGCAAGACAAUCGGCGUUUCGUGUCGCAGCAGACGGGAAACCUUUACAUCGCCAAGGUGGAGCCCUCUGACGUGGGUAACUACACUUGCGUAGUGAUGAACAGCGUCACCAAGGGCAAAGUUCACAGCUCACCGACGUCUCUGAUCCUCAGGACAGACGGAGUGAUGGGUGAAUACGAGCCCAAAAUAGAAGUUCAUUUCCCAGACAAUGUACCCGCCGCCAAAGGAUCAACAGUUACACUGGAGUGUUUCGCCCUUGGGAACCCCGUCCCAGAGAUCACCUGGAAGAGGGCGAACGGCGUGCCCUUCCCCAGCAAAGUCAAGAUGAAGUACUCCAAUGCCGUGCUGGAGAUCCCCAGCUUCCAGCAGGACGACGCCGGAGGGUACGAGUGCUUGGCUGAGAACAAGAUGGGGAAGAACACAGCCACUGGUCGACUGGCUUUUUAUGCCAAGCCUCAGUGGAUCCAGACCAUGAAGGACACGGCCCUGGCCAUAGAGGAGAGGCUGUACUGGGAGUGUCGAGCCAAUGGCAAGCCCAAGCCCUCCUACACGUGGCUGAAGAACGGCCAGCAGCUUCUCUCCGAGGGCAGGAUCCACGUGGAGGACGGAGUCCUGUCAGUGUCCGCGCUGACACUGUCUGACGCCGGCAUGUACCAGUGUGUGGCUGAGAAUAAACACGGUGUCAUAUAUUUCGCUGCUGAGCUGAUGGUUCUAGCUUCUCCUCCAGACUUCACAGGGAACGUCCUGAGAGCUUUGCUCAAAGCCAAGGCAGGAAGUACGGUGACUUUAGAGUGUAAACCUCAGGCCUAUCCCAUCGCCAGCAUCUUAUGGAAGAAAGGAAACCUGCCUAUCCACACCAACGACAGGAUCACACUCUCUCCAGAUGGAACGCUGAGGCUCGCCAACGUGAGCAAGUCGGACGCGGGCAGCUAUACGUGCUUCGCCCGGAAUAGAUUUGGCAUGUCGAGCACGACAGGACGGCUCCUCGUUACCGAUCCAACCAGAAUCCUCCAGGGGCCUGUGGACAUGGAGAUCAUCGUUGGCGAGAGCAUCGUGUUACCGUGUCAGGUCGCCAGUGACCCCGUCCUGGACGUCUCCUUCUCCUGGGCUUUCAACGGACAGCUCAUCGCCAAGGGGGACGGUCACUUUGAGCUCGUGGGUGGGCGCACAGCGGGAGAUCUGAUGAUCAGAAACAUUCAGCUUUACCACGCCGGGAAGUACAUCUGCGUGGUGGACACAGACGUGGAGAGCCUGUCAGCUGUGGCUGUAUUGAUUGUGAAAGGCCCCCCCAGCCCACCAGACUCGGUGACGGUGGAGGAGGUGACAGACAGCACAGCUCAGCUGACCUGGAGCCCAGGCAGAGACAACGGCAGCCCCAUCACCAAUUACCUCAUACAGACCAGGACCCCCUUCACUGUGGGCUGGCAGCGGGUUAACACAGUCCCUGAGAUCAUUUAUGGGAACACGCUGACAGCCACUGUGGUCGACCUCAAUGCCUGGGUGGAGUACGAGUUUCGGGUUUUGGCCAAGAACAGCGUCGGAGUCGGAGAACCCAGCCCAGUGUCCGUCAAGACCAGGACAGAGGACGCAGUCCCUGAUGCAGCUCCCGGGGACGUGGGCGGAGGAGGCGGAAGCAGAUCUGAACUGGUCAUCACAUGGGAGCCUGUCCCCGAAGAACUGCAGAAUGGUGAGAGCUUUGGUUACAUCAUUGCUUUCCGCGCCUUCGGAGAAGUCAGCUGGACCCACGUGGCCACCUCCGCCCCCGGCGCGGCGCGCUACGUGUACCGCAACGACAGCAUCCUGCCCUUCUCUCCGUUUCAGGUCAAGGUCGGAACCUACAACAGCAAAGGACAGGGUCCCUUCAGCCCUGUGGCCACCAUCUACUCUGCAGAGAUAGAGCCAAGUGGGAUGCCAGCAGGCGUUUGGGCCAGAAGUGUCUCAGCCUCGGAGAUUGAGGUGAAUUGGCAGGCGAUAUCCUUCACCCCUGAAAGAGUUCUGGGCUACGAGGUGGUUUACUGGGAGGACGACACUAAACCGGAGACCAUGGGGAAGGUCAGGGUGCCUUGGAACCAAACCUCGGUCACAGUGAGCGGCCUGGCUGGAAACACAAUGUAUUUCCUGACAGUCAGCGCCUUCAACACAGCGGGGACUGGCCCCUUCCUCCCUGCAAUCAAUGUUACCACAAAAAAGCCCCCACCAGCUCAGCCUCCACUCAACAUCGAAUGGACUCUAAUUGGCUCUCAGCUGUCUCUUUACUGGGAACCUGUGGUGGCUAUGGAAUCAGAGUGUGAAGUCACGGGCUACCGACUGUCAUACAAGAGGCAGAGACACAAAGAGGUAAACACACUCACAACAUCCAAUUGUACAGCAGAGCUGACCCUGCCCGAGGACGACGACGACUACAUCAUCCACAUUCAGACUCUGAGUGAAGGAGGGCUCGGCCCGGCCUCGGACCCUAUACGGAUCCACCAAUUAAGUAUGAGUGCCCGUGGCUCGAGAGCCCAGAGCCUGGACAUCUCGCCCCUCUCCCUGAUCCUCGCCCUCGCAAUAUCAACAUUAAGGUCGACGUCAUGACACAACGACCGAUUCUGCUAUUUUUCAACAUCCAAUCUUGAUAUUUUUUUUUUUUCUUUAAUCUGUGAAAGUUGCCAGUUUUUGUUUCCUCUCUUUUCUGGAGGUGCCACCAUACUACAGUAUUUUGCAGUGUUUGCGGGUAUGAAGCAGCACACGAGCUGAGUGUGCUGUCAGAUACUUUAUUAACAGUCAAUGCUUGAGCUUUGUUUUUUUUUUACAUAGGUCUGUUUUUAUAUUUUUGCUGGUUGGGAACAAUGCUCCAUUUCAUCUCUUUCUUUCCCCUUUUUAACUCUAGAAUGAUACGAUGCCUUACUUCCAUUCAUGUGCCAAAGUAGUUUCAGCCUUGUUGUUGUUGCUAAGAUUGCUACAUGCUUUUUCUCAAAAGUUAAGUCCUCACGGUUUCUUAUUAAUGGAGGUCUCAGUGUCAGAGGGCCAUGAUGAGAAGUUGUGUUUUGUAUUUUUCAAUAUUUUCAGAUUUCUUCUCUGAAUCUGAUUUGGUGAGAAGGAACAUGUUCAUUCACUUGGUCCGUGCCUUCGGAGGUUCUUGUAACGGCGUCACUUGUAAUCACUAGUCAGUGAUACUUUGGAUCGUACUUCAUCCAUCUUACCGUGUGCCAUUAACAGUUGGUUGAUAAAACUGGGCCCACGGUGCCGGUGUUAUUCAUUUGCCUUUUAUCAUUUGAUUGUGGUAAUCUGAAUGUACCAUGAGGUUUUAAAGCAACACUGUGUAACUUUUACUGAGCAUGAGCGCCCUCUGCAGACACACGAGGUGAAUUAUUCUGUUGUGCUCGAUUUCUCAAGCAAUUCAAGUGAUUUUGCGAGAAAAAACAAAGCCUAUAAAAGAAAGCACUAAAAGACAACUCAUUGGUGAAUAUAACCCAUGAUCCCCGGCUUCCUGAACCAGAAGAGCUGCCACUGUAACAAGCACACCAAACCAAGUCACAGAACCAUCUGACUGACUCGGAGCUGCUACUUUAAAGUACAAAGUUGCCUAGUGUUGCUUUAACACCUGAGAUCUAUUGUCGUGUUACUUGGAUUGGACUCGAGAUUAUUUUCCCAUUACAGGUGUACAGCAGCCAGUGUGUGUCCUUCAACACCAGUGCUCAAACAAUCAGUCAAUCAACCAAACAAAUCAAUAAUCAACAGCAAUCGUUGAAGUCAUUGAUCAAGGAGACAUUCUGUGAUUCCAGUCGCUCUAACAUGAACAGCUGCUGCUUUUCUUUUGUUUUAAACCUAAAUUAUAAACCCGGCUAGGUGAUCGUCCCAUUAUGGAAAAAAUAUUUCGAGAGAAUCCAACUUAUACCACCAAACAAACUGCUAUAUGUCAUCAUAAUAUCAACCAUUUCAUUAGUUGGACAAGGUUUCCAUCUCACUUUUAUUUCCGUUGAUAGUCAAAGUUACAGACUUAACUGAUCAUUUAGAGCUGAAGUGAAACAAAAUGAGAAUUCAUAUGAUAAUCAUAUAAUAUCAGGCUAUAGUUCAAAUCCUGAUUAUUUCUACAGUAUUAUUCAUAUUAUAUUAUUUCUACUAUUACAUUAUUUCUAAAAUUGGGUAACAUGACAGGAUCAAUACCAAGUUUACAUUCCCACUCUGCAGAUUAUCUUAGCAUAGCACAAAGACUGGAGGCAGGGGGAAACCGCUAGCCGGGCUUUGUCCAGCAUUAAAAAACACACCUACCAGCACAUGCUGAACAGCUCGUCAAAUGGUCUGCACCAUAGUUAAUGCAGAGACAUGAGAGUAGUAUUGAUUUUCUCGAUUUCAUUUCAGCAAGAAAGCAAAGAAGCACAUUUCCUCCAAAAUGUUGAAGUGUUGUUUUAAAGUCCUUUCGCUGAACAAUCUCAAAUCAUGGAGCAGGACAGUUAAAAUACAAGAAUAGAGAAAAGUAGGUGGAUGUGUAAGGUCAUUCUUGGUUUAUGGAGCAGUAGUUUGACCAAUUAAUGUUAAGAUCCACUCAUGAGCUUUUUCCAGAGCUUUGAACAUCACAAUGAAAAUCAAAACAAAAAGUGGAUUUUAGUCAUAAUUAUUUUGUCCACCAGGGAACCGAAAAUCCCCUUCAAUUUAAACAAAGUGCACGAAAUUCCACACGCUCAUAGAUAUACGUCUGCCUGAUAUAAUUCAUCAUAAUGAUUUAUUCCCUGGGAAAACAAUGAAAAUAUCCCAAAACACCCAAACUCACAAAGUGAUAAAAAAUAUAUGUGAUAACAUUGGAUUAUUUCUUGGUCCAUGUCCAUUUCUUCCACCAAGUUUCAUGAAAAUCUGUCCAGUGUUUUUUUGCUUAAUCCUGCUGAAGAAACACACACACAAAUGGACAGGGUGUGAAAACAUAACCUCCUUGGCAGAGGUAAUAAUCAGCUGCGUCAGAAUAAUGAUACACAUUCUUCACUGUGUUCUGACAUCUGAGAGACUCAACCAUGAAUAGGAAAUACGACUGUCUAAUUCAUCAAUAAUGAAAGUCGUCAUUAUGUUCGGGCUAAGACUGCGUCCAUCUGGGCAGCCCACAGCUAGUGCCAGUCCCCGCGCAUCAUCCGCCAUCACAGUGGAGACGAGAGGUCCGUAGUGCCGCCGAACGUGCCAGUCUGACGAAUGAAAUCGAGCCACCAGCUUAGCCGUUACUUGGCAAAAUGUAUGGUCAGCUGUGUUUUAAUAUGUGGUUCUGUUCCCUGUUGUCAGUUGUGCUGCCGCUUUUUUCAAAAUGUCAUAUGUGUUGUCAUUGUUCAUUUUCUGUGUUUCAGUGUAACGUCCGCUGCUCAGGUAUUCAGACCUGCUUCUCCCUGCGCUUCAGUCGCUCUGAACCGGCAGGAGCAGACAGGAUCAGAAAUCUGUCACAAGGGUCCAUUUAACUGUCUGACGUGACGAAUGGAAGGCCUGAUGUGUGCCAUGAUUCAGCAGACCUUACAACAGAUUAAUAAAUUAGAGCGGGCCUGAGGGGCUUCUAUGGGAAAGGGCAUAGGAGUAAUGGUAGUAAUGACGCCCACACAAGACUAAUAUAUCAGGAUUUAGGGAGGGCUAAAUCAGGACAGUCCCGUCAAGAUGAAACCAGGAGGAUUCGCGUGUGUGUGUGUAUGUGCGCGUGCGUGUGUGUUAUUACCUUACCCCACAGUGUCAUGGACAAGUGUUUUCAAGAAGGACAUUCAGCUCAAAAAUUAAACGCGCCAUUCAAACUAAUUUUUUGUACUUAACUACGGUUCAGGGCUCUGAGCCACUGAAGCGAUGCAGACAUUAAAAUCCAGUAAUGCGAGGUCAAAUGGGAAGUAGAGAAGAGAAAAAAAAGGUUGAAGCCUGAAGGGGGGGGGGGGGGGGAUGAAUUGUCUGCUUUUCUAUCAAAUUACAGAGGAUUGCCAGUGCAAAGGAAGAAGUAGGGCAAAAAAGCUCCAGAAUCCAAGGCCAGGUCGGGUUCACCUUGCAAGAUAAACUUUGUAUUUAGUAUGAAAACAAAGGGUUUUCUUUCUUUGCCUUUCUGAACGUAGUCUUUGAAUCCUAAUCCUGACAUUUUGGGUUUGUUGUGGCUUCAUGUGUGGUUAUUCUGUGCCCAUCCUCACAGAAUGUCUUUGUUAUUCUGACAGAGCUUUACACAGGAAACUUUCCGGCUGAUUUAUUGAUUUAUUGAAAAAAGAUACACUGUUGACGAUGGUGUCUUUUUUGGAAGCAUUGCCAACCUCUUUGUUUUGUAUCGUAUCAGUACUGUGAGAUGUUUAGAUUUUAACUUUCAUCUUCUCUGUUGUUGUUUUUUAUGUUUGCUAUGGUUGCUGAUCGUUUUUAUUUCCUAUUUUCCUCCCAAAAUUCUGCACAAAGGUCAAGUGUUGCUUUAAAAUACCAGUUAAUUCAGACGGACACAGAGAUGUGAGAUCCGUCAUCAUACAGUUUACCCCCCCCCCCCCCCAAAACAAACAUGUGUCCUUCUUCCGAUUGUAAUUCUCAGUCAAACCCAGAUUCCGACAGAGAACAAAAAACAUGAGAAAAGAGUCACAUUUCCUCUGAGCUGCUUCCACACACAGCCUUUUGGUGCAGUGACGCAAACGCUACCUGUUACAAGGUAGUGGGUCCGUGCACAGUCGUUUUAUACCAACACAAUUUUACAAAUUUUCUUGCUACUUUCAGAGAAAAAUGCAGAAAUUAAUCUGAAAAUAAUCAAAUAAAAAAAAGUUACACACAAUUUGUUAUACCUUAAAGAUUGAUAAAAAAAAUGACUCAUUCCAGCUCUGGGUGACAACGCUUGGCCUUUCUGUUGUGACUCCUCUGUAUUUCGACGUCCAGGUGAUCUCCGUGAGAUCGUGGCAUAAACCGUUUUCACAUUGAAACGAGGUCAGCUGAUCUUGAUAUGCUGAAGCUGUGCAUGUAUGGUAUCGUUUGGUGCAUCUGUGUUUUCUAAAUGAGGGAGUUAAUAAAAGCAAUUCACUGAG